AUGAAGCUCCGACUAUCAGUACAAGCCUUGGUGGCUUCUUCCCGGGUUUUCGCUGUCUUGUCGCUUCUCUUCGGCUCAGUGACCGGUGAUUGCGAAUGUGGAUACUCGAUGACCACGAGCUCUGACAAUGUCCAACAUGUGUUCACCGAUCUGCAUGAAACCGACUUCAUCCACAUCGACAUUACGGGCGACGGAAAAGGGGAUGCUAGCCAUGGAUGGGCACCACAAGGGUACAACAUAUCGAGUCAAGUAUCCCGUGGCCCGUUCGGCGAAUCAUUCGCCGUGCGAAAUGUCAUGUCUAACACUAUCAAGAACCCUAAGAUAUUCGAUGGUCCCGGCACUCUUGGCCUAGAUGCCGGCUUGCUUCUCCUCGUCCGAAACGUCAUGCAGGAUGAUAGGGUUCCCGUGUCCGAAGUCUCCACCACAGGUUUGGAUUAUUUCUAUGGCACCUUCCGGGCCGGCAUCAAGACUACCGAUGUGCCGGGAACUUGUAGUGCUUUCUUCUGGUACCAAAACGACACACAGGAGAUUGACAUCGAGUUUCUCUCGGCCCAAUUCGACAAGGAGAAGGGCUUGUUCCCCGUCAACUUCGUCCUCCAGUCAAAAGAAGCUGCUGCUGCUGGUUAUGAUGCCGCGAACACGACCGGCCUGCGUCGGGUGAAUCUACCCUUCGACCCAUCGACGGAUUUCCACGAAUACCGCUUCGACUUCUUACCUGGCAAGGUCUUCUUCUACGCUGAUGGUAACCUGCUUGCUGAGGCCACUGGUUCCGGAGUCCCGACGACGGCUGGGCAUCUCCUGUUAUCACAUUGGAGCAAUGGGAAUCCAGGGUGGUCGCAUGGUCCUCCAACUGUGGAUGCUGUCACGACGGUGAGCUACGUCAAAGCCUACUUCAACUCAUCGCUCGCGCAGCGCCAUCAAGAUUUCGCUUCGAGGUGCAAAGACCCUUCGGCAAGCGGUGCGGUCUGCGCUAUACCCGACCACAAUGCCACCUUUUUCUUUAGUGCCGGAGAUAACUUAACGCCAAACCAAACUGAAUACGGCGGUGCAGGAAACGAGGGGGACGAAGAUAAUGAUAAUGGAGCUAGCGAGUUGGUCGCGAAAGCAUGGGUCUUUUGGCUUGCUUUCGGUAUUGUUAUAUUUGCCUCUUUCUAG